UUUCUCAAUUCUCACCUCUAUAUAAACCAUCAUCUCCCUCGUCUCAAAUUCCCAACUCAAAACCAAAGCUCUAAAUCAGCUAAAUACUAAAUAUAGAACACACACAAAAAAAGAGUAGAUUUCUUUUGUUCAAUUGGAUGUCAUACUCUGGAGCAGAAUCUAGAAUGGAAGACGGCACCCGGCGGCAGAACAUAGCGUCUGCCGGCGGUGCCGGCAACCGUCGCCGGAGAACAAACGAUGUUGAAGAUUUCUCCGGCGACGGUUGCGGUGAUCAUGAGUCAUGGAACGCAUUUGCUGACAGUUUUAGUCAGGUUCAGACAGUGCUUGAUCGGAAUAGGUUGUUGAUUCAGCAAGCUAACGAGAACCACCAGUCAAGGAUGCCGGAUAACAUGGUGAAAAAUGUGGCAAUCAUACAAGAGUUGAACGGGAAUAUAACGAAGGUGGCGUCGAUUUACGCCGAUUUAUCGACGAAUUUCUCCGGGAAAGUUAAAGCACCGGGAGGUGGUGGAGGGAAGGGAGGGAGUAGUGGUGGUAGGAGAAAUGUUGAGGGAAGAGAUUAGUUGGUAAUAGUAGUAAUAAGAAUUGGUAAUUACUUAAUUAGUUCCCCUAUGGAAUAGGAAAAAAAAUAGAAGUGGGGAAUUUGGGUCCUUUGGUAAAUUAUGGUAUGCGAUAAGGUGAUGUGGUAUUGUGGUGUAGGAAUGAUCAUUGAUUGGUAAUGAAUUGGAUGAGGUUUUAUUUA